AAAGCCCGUAGGUCCCGACACCAACAGUCGGAAAAAGAAAAAGCAGAGGAAGCCCAGCAUAUUCCUCGCGAACCUUCGGUUUCCUGCGACAAUCGAUCGUUUCGCAGGAACCGGAAAACGGAAAACGAAGCUCCAAUUCUCAAUCCAUCGAACUCGAACUCGAACUCGAAAUCGAACCCGAUCUUCCAAAAGCCAUAAAUGCGUCGCAAUUGUUGCCACAUAUCUCUCGGCUUCGUCCUCAAGCUGCUGAAUUACCUCCAGACCUUCGUCGGAGUCUCCAUCCUCCUCUACUCCCUAUGGAUGCUCAACCAAUGGAACGAUCGCAUCCCCAUCUACCCCCCGCCGGCUUAUCCGCCGGGCUCUUCGGUCGCGCCUCUCUCGAGCGCACAAUCCGCGGAGAUGGCUCGCUCUGAUCGGAGUUCCGGCUUGGAACUCGCCGCCGAUCUAGUCUCCAGAUUGGACGACGGCCUGGGGCUCGCUCUGAGGUCGUUCCAGCUUCCCGCUCCUUGGUUCAUCUAUUCAUUUAUGGGAUUGGGCGUUGUGUUGUGCUGCAUCUCUUUAAUUGGCUGCAUUGCUGCGGAAGCAUUAAAUGGAUGUUGCCUCUGCUUUCACACUCUUCUUGUAUCUGUGCUGCUUCUCUUAGAAGCAGCUUUUGUGGCAUUUAUUGCGAUUGAUCAUCAUUGGGAACAGAUUCUUCCUUCGGACCCUACCGGAGAACUUGAUAGUCUUCUCUCGUUUAUCGAAAGAAACAUCGAAAUGUGCAAGUGGAUUGGCAUCGCGGUUGUUGUAAUACAGGGGUUGUCCCUGCUACUUUCAUUUGUUUUGCGAGCAUUGGCUUCUCCUCGGCGAGCUGAUUAUGAUGGUCUGGAUGGUUAUGACAAUGUUGAAGGUCAGACCAGAGAGCCACUUCUGAAUCAUAAAUCAAGCCCAACAUCAGGGUCUACUAAGUCUGAUGUUAGAGGUGGUGGCUCUGGUAUUUGGAGUUCACUCGUGAGAGAAAAGUAUGGCUUGAACAACAGUGCCAAAUUCAGUUCGGACAGCCAGAAUGCAUCAGGUAGUACAAAGACAAAGUGAUUGGAAUUGGAUGUGAUGCUGCUGUAUCUUGGAGGCAAGGGAAAAGGGUAAAUCCCCUUUCUCCACGAGUGACUGAAAGCAUUUGCCAUGUGGAUUUGACUGAAAGCAUUUUGCAUAUUGAUUAGAGAUAGAACUUACGAUGUGCACAAGCAUUGGAAGAUCAUUUGUAAAGAAGAGUUCUAUUAGCUUGAUUGGGGGGGUUUGUCUUCAGUGGCAUGGGCGGAUGACACUCCAUUCCUAGUAUACGCAGCAUGACGGUUGUUCAUACGUGAUUAACAGUUGUUGGUUGUGUGUUCGUUUAGUUUUGUUC